AUGGAGCCCCCGCCGCCCACUCCUUCUCCGUCGCUCUCGCUUUCCCCCUUCACACUCCCCUUAGCCCAUCGCCCUCGCUUUCCCCUCGUCGUCAUUGCUUCCCCCGUCGGUCUCGAUUUCCCCCGCCGCACACUCCUUCCCCCGUCUCUCUCGCUUUCCCCCCCUGCCCACUCCUUCUCCCGUCGUUCUCGUUUGCCCCCGUCACCCACUCCUUCCCCCGUCGCACUCGCUUUCCCACAUCGCCUCUGGCUUUCCCCCGUCGUCCUUGCUUCCCCCAUCGCCCUCGCUUUCCCCCGUCGUCAUUGCUUUCCCCCGUUGCUCUCACUUUCCCCCGCCGCCCACUCCUUUCCCCGUCUCUAUCGCUUUCCCCUGCCACCCACUCCUUCUCCCGUCGUUCUCGUUUGCCCCCGUCACCCACUCCGUCCCCCGUCGCUUUCGCUUUCCCCCGCCGCCCACUCCUUCCCCCGUCGCUCUCGCUUUCCCCUGCCGCCCACUCCUUCCCCCGUCGCCUCUGGCUUUCCCCCGUCGUCCAUGCUUCCCCCAUCGCCCUCGCUUUCCCCUCAUCGUCAUUGCUUCCCCCGUCGGUCUCGCUUUCCCCCGCCGCACACUCCUUCCCCCGUCUCUCUUGCUUUCCCCCCCUGCCCACUCCUUCUCCUGUCGUUCUCGUUUGCCCCCGUCACCCACUCCUUCCCCCCUCGCACUCGCUUUCCCACAUCGCCUCUGGCUUUCCCCCGUCGUCCUUGCUUCCCCCAUCGCCCUCGCUUUCCCCCGUCGUCAUUGCUUUCCCCCGUUGCUCUCACUUUCCCCCGCCGCCCACUCCUUUCCCCGUCUCUAUCGCUUUCCCCCGCCACCCACUCCUUCUCCCGUCUCGCACACGCGUUCCCCGGCGCCCACACUUGUCACCGUCCCCCGUCGCUCUUGCUUUCCUCUGUCAUCCUCCCUCCCUUUCCUCUGUCGUCAUUACUUCCCCCAUCGCCCUCGUUUUCCCCCGCCGCCCACUCCUUCUCCCGUUGCUCUCGCUUUCCCCCGCAGCCACUCCAUCUCCCGUCGCUCUCUCUUGCCUCCGACACCCACUCCUUCCCCCGUCGCCGUCGCUUUCCCCCGUCUCCCUCCCUUUCCCCCGUCGUCCUUACCCUCCCUGUCGCUCUCGCACACUCCUCGUCGCUCUCGCUUUCCCCCGUCGCCUUUGUUACACACCGUUGUCAUUGCUUUCCCCCGUCGCCAGCUCCUUCCCCUCUCGCCCUCCCCUUCCGCCCCCGCCUUUUCUUGACCCCCGCCUUUGGCUCCCCCGCCUAUUGA